CAGAAAGAACAGUAAAAAUGCAGGCAGGGCGCAGGACAAAGCACUCGGGACAAAAUGUAAAAAAAAAUUACAUUUUUUUAAAUUUUCAAAUUUGCCGCCGGUUCUCGCGCCCGUACGUCCCAACGUCACAGGGACCGGAACACAGAAGCCGGAUGCCGGCAUCGGCCGGAGGAGAUGCCGAGGACGCUGCAGGGGACACAUCGUGGGAGCGAAGGACAAGGUAAGCACUGCAGGGACUCCCUAUGCAACGCCGCAUGGUAAGCCCGAGUGUAGCUCGGGGUUACCGCUUUUGGUACUGAAA